AUGGAUUCCGCAGAAUCUCAGCUGCCUCUUCCUCAGACUCAAGGGGCAGCUCCGCUUUCUCCUUACGCGCACCUUGAUCUCGCUAUAACUCUCACUCUAUAUUCAUGGCCAUCUCUCACACUGGCCGUCGAAUCAUCCUGGGGUGGGCCUACUUCAAGGAGCAAACGAGAUUGGUUCUGUGGUGCCAUUGCAGAGCUCUUUAGCACCCACCCUGAAACCGAUGCGCAGGACCUCGAAGAGAUUUUAAUACAGGUUAUGACUGAUGAGUUCGACGUGGUUGUGGAUGAUGGAAGUAUUAGCAUGAUCGCUGAUCAGAUUUGUGAAUUGAAGGCAGAAAUCGAGAAAGGGAAAUUUGAACGUGUGGAGGCAAUGUGGGAGCAAUUCAAAGCAGACGAGCAGAAUGGUGUUAGCAAGCUGCCAGCCAACAUUAUCAACAGGGUUGGAGUCAAUGGCGUGGAUGACAGUAGCGAUGAUGACGACGAGGAGGAUGAUGAGGAAGAAGAAGGGGAUAAUGAUAUCGAUAUGGAAGAUGCUCCCACUCCGCGGUCAGCACCAAAGCAACGCGAAGAACCGGAGGUCGACGAAGACGGGUUUACCAAAGUUAUCAGCAGAAAAAAGAGAUGA